CUGCUAACGAAGAAGAGACGGGGCAUAUGUCGCCCUCCACUCUGAGACCAUGUCACGCCCAAUCUCCCAGGCUUCCAAUGCCACUGUCUCAACGCGCCUCGGCCAGGCGCGCAGCUUGUGCGUCAAAACAAACACUACCACCACCACCACCACCACCACCAAGUCACCAGGGAACCCAAUUCCGGCCUCAGAUGUGCGCUUGUUUGUGACAAAUCUGCGCUUACUCGACUUUGACUUGCGAGACGACUGGCCCAACAUCACAGUACAAACAUUCUCAGCCAAGAACGCAGACCAGAAGCAGCGCAUCGGCGGCACCGAGUGGGCUCUCUUCCGUCUCUUCGAGAUCUGGGACGCCAGUGAGGCCGCGCAGAAACUGCGCCCUUUCUUUCCUCCGCUCGAGCCUCUCCAGUCCCUGAACCUCCGCGCCGCCCUGUACCGAUGUCUGAACGACUUGAAGAAGAACGGCGUGCUCGGCCGCGAGUCCGUACUGCGAAAGACAAUGCUGGACGAGUGCAAAGGCGAGAGGUUCUACGAAGUCCUGGCCCUGUUCUCUGCUGCAGUACUGAAGAAGGUGCUCGCUUCAAGGGAUGGGAAGAAUAGGAACGCUGCGGUCGCACGAAAACUGGCGACAGCAUCCAAUCUCCCCAUCGAUGCGCAACGUUCUCUGCUACCACUUGCAAUCGCGCACAAGGCUGCGCUCGUCAACGUGCUGCGCCGCAAGGAGGAGAAGAGGAGGAAGUUCGCCGCCUUCGAGGCAACACUGGACUCGAAGGCCAGUGAUGUCAACAAACGGAUACGGAGAUGCAUGGACACGCCGAGGGCAAAGACGCCGGCUGUGCCACAGAGAGAAGCAGAUGCUGUUAAGAGACAGCUGGCAGACAACUGGAUUGGCAAUCAAAAGUGGCUUGGGGUCAUGCUCCAUGGCGAUCAAAUCCAGACUGCAGACGCAUUUCUCAGCAAACCUUUCGACAAAGUGUGGCACAUGGUCGAGCGAGGGAGAAAGCUGGAAGACGCCGCCCCGGAAGCUGGACUGCUGGAAGACCUACAAUCGAGGGUACAUGAACAGCAGACUCGACUGCAAAAGUGGAAGGCGUUCCACGAAGAGCUGCGCAGAGACAACGCAAAAGACACAUCAGCGAGUCAAAGGGCACCGACCCCUGCAAAGGUCUUCGAAUUCAACAGUCACAUCCAGCACCAGCUGCCCUCGACCCAGCAGAUCGAGAGCCACGCAGUGCAGCGACCAACUUUGCGAUCGAGCUAUCUGGACAUUCUAUCUGAUAUGGACUCAGAGCUGUCGCGUGUCUCGCAGUCAAAGCCUCAACCGGCGCUCACGUCCCUUCGGCGGCGACGGACAUCAUCAUCCAGCGCUCCACGCUCACCAGUCCGGACUAGAAGACCAUCAAACCCCAGACCGAUAGCAAAGGCGCCACCGAGUUCAGCUUGGCACACGGAACCAAAGACUUUGGUCAGUGAGCCAAAGACUCUCGUCCGAGAGCAGAAAGCUUUGUUUGAAGGAUUAUCUGCUAGUAAGUCAACCGUGCACCUUCAGCGACAGCCAUCGGCAAAAGCGCUACCUAUCCAUUCAGACACUACCCUUGUUGGCCAACUGUCUGGUCUACGCAUAGCUGCACCUGAGUCGCUAGCCACCCGAUCUCCUAUUUGCCGGCGGUUCCAGCCCGAGCCAGAGUCGGAGCCUACGCCAACAGCAGUUACACCUCCAGUCCGCGCAGCGUCAUCAUCUCCACUACCUUCAGAAGGCUCUCCGGUGCCUUCCCAACCAACUCCAUUCUCCGAGCCAUCGCCAAUCGAGUCGCCGACAUCUGCUUUCCAACGCUCAGUACCCACUUUGGACAUCCCUAAUCUGAACCCAGAGGAGGCUCUUGCCGAUCAGAUUAUCAAUGCUAUCGGUAACGCAACCCCAUCGCCGGUCAAGAAGCCUCAGCCACGCAUGUCAAUGUCACUCGUGGAACGCACCCGCAUGACCUUAUCUCGAACACCCUCCUUCGAACCAGUACCUGAGUCUCCGGACACGCUUCCCGUAGCACCACCAACAGUGCUCCCUGCAGGCAGCGAUGCCGAGCUCGACAACAUGACGACCCUACUCGAUCGAACGCGCCUCAGCAUGGCUGCUAUGUCGAGUCGACCUCGCACCUCUCUCGCAGCGUCACAAGAAACUACCCGGAAACAGAAGCGUAAAUCGAGAUCUUCACUAUUCCCUGUUAACCAGUUCGAUACACCGCACAAAUCCUUCGAAGCUAUCGAGGAAGUGAAGAGCAGCGAAAAGACACCCAAAGAAGAUCUGCUCUCUGGUGACGUUGACUACGACCGCGUGUUUAGGAGCCGCCCGCGCAUCGCCACAAGUCCGAUAUUCAGUCCUGAGAAGUAUGCUGGAAAUCAUGAUGGGGAUGCAGAUGAGAAUGCGUAUGACGAAGAGAUUACAGGCAUCGAUUUGGGAGACGUCGAUCAGAGCGAUGAUGGGGACAACGAUGGGUUCACGCAGACCUGGGCGGACAGCCCGAGUCGACGUGCCGGGAACCCCCACCACUAAUUAUGAACAUUGUGCAUCUAAAAGCUGAUGUUGUUAUC